GGAAGCGGCGGCGGGGUCCUGGCGCGGUUGCCGAGCAGCCCGGCAGAGGCGGCAGGGCGGGCGGAGGUGCGGGCACGGCUCCCGCUGCGUCCCGGCGCCAUGAGCGCGGCCGGGCUGGUGUCCGCCACCCCGCCGGUGUCCGCCACGCCGCCCGGGGCUCCGGCCCCCGCCAUGCCCCCCGGGCCCGAGUACUACGAGGAGGAGGAGCUGGAGAGCGCCGAGGAGGAGGACGGCGAGCGGAGCGCUCGGGCCCGCGACUCGGAUGAGGAUACUGAGGAUGCCAGUGAGACUGACCUGGCAAAACAUGAGGAAGAGGACUAUGUAGAAAUGAAAGAGCAGAUGUAUCAGGACAAACUGGCAUCUCUUAAGAGGCAAUUGCAACAAUUGCAGGAAGGUACUCUUCAGGAAUAUCAGAAAAGAAUGAAAAAGUUGGACCAGCAGUAUAAAGAAAGGAUACGAAACGCAGAAUUGUUUCUCCAGCUGGAAACAGAUCAAGUGGAAAAAAAUUAUGUCAAGGAAAAGAAGGCAGCAGCAAAAGAAUUUGAAGAUAAGAAAAUUGAGCUUAAAGAAAAUCUGAUUGCAGAGUUGGAAGAGAAAAAGAAGAUGAUUGAGAAUGAGAAGCUAACCAUGGAAUUAACAGGAGAUUCUAUGGAAGUGAAGCCUAUCAUGACGAGGAAACUGAGGCGACGACCAAAUGAUCCAGUUCCCAUCCCAGACAAGAGGAGGAAACCUGCCCCUGCUCAGCUAAAUUACCUGUUGACUGAUGAGCAAAUAAUGGAGGACCUGAGAACCCUGAAUAAGCUUAAAUCACCCAAGAGACCAGCCUCUCCCUCCUCCCCUGAACACCUCCCAGCUACACCAGCAGAGUCUCCAGCACAGCGGUUUGAAGCCCGGAUAGAAGAUGGAAAACUCUACUAUGAUAAAAGAUGGUACCACAAGAGCCAGGCCAUUUACCUGGAGUCUAAAGAGAACACUAAGAUCAGCUGUGUCAUCAGUUCUGUGGGCGCCAACGAGAUCUGGGUGAGGAAAACCAGCGACAGCACAAAGAUGCGAAUCUAUUUGGGACAGCUGCAGCGAGGAGUUUUUGUGAUUCGUCGACGAUCAGCUGCAUGACUGUAUGCUCUUCCUUGCUCUUCUUUUUUUAAUUAAAACCAAUAGACAAACAUCUAAUGGGGAAUGGCGGUCUGUUCACUCUCAUCUUAGCAACAGAGAACAUUGUCAUGACCUCUUAUGAGACACUUUGUGGCUGGCCACGUUAUCCACAGUAGUCCUAAAAUCUUGAGUGAUACCCAAGCACUGCCCUGGACUAUUUCUGGACUUUGCAUCAGGCUUCUGUAUGUUUUCUUUAUGUUCUGGGUGACUAAGAAGACUUUGCAUCAUACUUUUUUCAUCAUUGUUUCAUGAUGCAUAGAUUGGACUUGUACGUUGAAGACAGCAUAACAUUUCUGUUUUGAAUCAGACCGAUGGAAGAAACUUUGCUUGUCAAGACCUGAGGUUGUUUGUUUUUUGUUGGUGUUUUCCUGCAAGGCUCAGGAUGUUGAGCAAAAGGAGACUAAUCCUGUCAGGUUCAAUUGCAGCUGAGAUGCAUCUGUAAUAUAACAUCAGCGUUAUGUGAUGAACAGGUUAAAGACUCGAGCGCUGAGGCUUUUUUGGGAAAGUCUGAUCAGUUCAGAAACUGCUGAAAAUCCAGUUGAUUUUAAUGUAGUUAAGCAGUCACGUGUGGCUAAUCUGAAGCUUCCGUUUCUCUUCACAUUAAAAAACCCUUCAAUGAACCUGCAGAGAGUAUGUCUAUACUGCUACAGUAGAUUUCCUGAAAUAGGCAGACGAGUAUAAAACAAAGGAUUAAUUGACUUUACAAGUAGCAAGACUAUAGAAACAAUAUGUGAGUAUAACCAUUUGUACAUGUAGAGAAAUGAAGGAUAAAUAUCAGUCUGGUACAGAGUGGACAGCUGUAUUGACAUGUUCUUAGCGUACAUCUGAAACCUUCGUUCCCUAAAACAUCAUACAAAGGUUUCCCUUUGAAGGGUGUUUUAAUUAGUGGAGAUAACACUGGAUUUUAUGCUUAUCCUCCAGAAACACGAGUCAAAAUGUUCAAGUGUUUCUAUGAAUGUACUCCCUUCCAGGGCGUUUCAAGAUCUGACUCUGAUCUGCCUCUGAUGGCUGAAGCCACCAGUACCGUGUGUGACUGUACUGGCGUGAACUACACAGCACCCUGGCAGCACUGUCAGAUCUCCCUUCCGUGCAAAUCAAUUUUGUGUUCCUUCUUUUGAUUACUGGACAAAAAGUUGUAAUUUCUGCCUUUAUCUGUUACUUUGUGAGGCAUCUUUUUGGUUUUCUUUUUCAGCUUGCUUGUUCAGCAUCAGUCUAGCCUUUUUCGUAUCUGGAUAAAUGACUCUUCUAAACAUCUGUUUCCAUUUCUUUUACUCGCUGCAGUUGGGUGGCAGUCACAUCCCAAUAACCAAUGCACCUACACAGAUCUGGAGUCAAGUGUUACGGCUGAGCUUCUGAUGUGUUGCCUGUUUGGCUGAAACACCUUCUGUGCUCUUACUGUGCUUAGAGUUUGAGCGAGAUCUGGAGCUGUGGUGGGGAAAGGAGGUGAUGGCUGCUUCCCACCCCUGGAAAACGUGCCAUCUUUGCUGCAGUUAGCCAGGUGGAAAGCAGCAGGCUGUAUUUUGUCAGGGUAGAAGCAUACUUAAUAUGACUUAACAUCCUCUGUGUGUGGCAGGUUUUUAUAAGAUGAUGAUGUACCAAACAGGAUUUGUCAAUGAGCCUUAAGAUGGUCAUCAUAGUUCUUAUAAUAAAAAGCAUUAGGUAAACAGCAGGAUUUAUUUCCUGCCUAUAUCAUUUUAUUCAUACGUGUUUGGGGAAAUAGCUGGAAACUUUGGUACAGUUUUGGGAAGGUCUUAGCAAGUUGGCAAGACAGCAGGUGAUUUCUCUACUGCUGUUAUCUGUUACCUGUUUUAGGGUAACUUUAAAGGUAUUGGUCAAGGCAUAGAAAUGUAGCAGUUCCUCUUAGAGCCAGGUGUGAUACAGGUGCACAUCAUAGAAGCUUAAUUACACAGCUUCGACCCCGCAGCUCAAUCUGAAUCACCAUCAGCUCAUCAUUUCUAUCCCUAAACAGAUGAGGGGGAAACAACAGCUGUUCUCACAGCCCCAAACUCAUCUUUCCAGUAGCUGUGGCCUUAAAUUGCAGAAGCUGGGGUGGAGGGAGGGCAUCUUGAGUUUGCACCCUUUGAAUAUUUGAAUGGUCUCCUGGAAGCAAACCCCUGUGGAUCUCUUGCACCAUUCCCUUCUGGAACCCCACUGUAACCCCUCAGCUGUGUUGAGCAAGCUACUGGUACUGGGAUUUGUUGGGUUGCAGCUGUUGUGGCACAAACCUUGGACGGAAAGUUGUAGCGGGGGAAAAAAGCUAGGAAAGAAUAAGGACAGUGAGAAGUCAGGGUGGGAAGGCAGAAAUCUAAGUGUAUUGCUUUAUUGACUGGGGAGAUGGGUUACAGAAACUGCUACUGAUUCAGGGCGGUGCUUCAGUGGGGAUCUGAGCUGUCAACACUUGAUUUCAAACUCUUACUCCGUUUUGGCACUGAUCUUGGAUGUUCAGAAAGGAUGUAUGAUGUUCAUAGUAACUCCCUUCUGUUCCCUGUCCAUUGUCAAUUUCCCCACUGCCCCUGAAUCAGCCUUUGAAGUUUAGUAUCUGCUUUUGGCAGCCCAGAGUGUGGUCUUGCAGCCAUCUUUUUGCUAAAAUUUAACUACUACAUUGAAGGUAUUUUGUUUUAAGGCUGUUUCAUGCUUAGUGUCUAAUUUUAAUGAAAUGAAAGUCUUUCUUACCAUAGCUGAUCAUUGUAAAAAAGUAAAUUCUUCUCCUUUAACAAAACAAAUGAAUAUUGUAUCAUUUCUUUUUCUCAAGCAGGCUGUUCUGUAAUGGCCUGUGCCAUUUACAAAGCUGGAGAUGAUAAAAAA